UUAACAGCGAUUAGUCAGGGGAGGACGCCGGAAUUCGAGGCUGAGUCCAGCCCCAGUGUAAGCAGCCGGCUCGCUUGCUCGGUUCCUCAUUUGCAGUUCUCGCUGUAACAGCCGGCAGGAUGAGCGGUAAAGACAGCAGUCCUCAGGAAAAAUACAAGCUGGUCGUAGUGGGAGGCGGUGGGGUCGGCAAGAGUGCUCUCACUAUUCAGUUCAUCCAGUCUUAUUUUGUAUCCGAUUAUGACCCAACCAUUGAGGAUUCCUACACCAAGCAAUGUGUCAUUGAUGACCGGGCAGCGAGACUGGACAUUUUGGACACGGCUGGCCAAGAAGAAUUUGGAGCAAUGAGGGAACAGUAUAUGCGUUCGGGUGAAGGCUUUCUCCUUGUCUUUGCCAUCAAUGAUCGGGGAAGUUUUGAUGAAAUCAGUAAGUUUCACCGUCAGAUUCUCCGCGUCAAGGAUCGGGAUGAAUUUCCCAUGAUUCUCAUCGGGAACAAAGCUGACCUUGAGCAUCAGCGACAGGUCACGAAAGAGGAGGCUGAGAGUCUUGCAAGGCAGCUGAAGGUAACCUACCUGGAGGCCUCUGCAAAAAUCCGAUUGAAUGUAGACAACGCGUUUCACAGCCUGGUGCGGGCCAUACGGAAAUUUCAGGAGUUGGAGGGUCCACCUAGCCCACAACCCAAGCCCUCGAAAGAGUCCAACGGCUGUCCCUGUACUCUCCUGUGACGUUCCCCCUCCUCUGUCUUCGCCGGGAGUUGGGUUCCCUCUGAAUCUGGUCCCCUCCCUCCCUCCCUCCACAACAUAACUGACUUCACUUGCCCCUCUCCUUUCCUGACCACUGUGGAACCACCAUGAAGACUUUGCCAUCCGCACCUUCACCACCACCUCGUCAGAUGGCUGCCGCUCCGUCAAGGAACUGAAGAACUUGUUGCUGGAGUUAGUUUAUUGUCUUCCUUAAACCUUUCACGAAUUUCUAUCUCUGGGUGGGGGGGGUGGGUGGUAGGGGAGGGAAAAUGCCUGUUUGAUUUUCCUUUUCUUUUUGUGGUGCAACGCUGCAGAGCCCUGGUGAGGAAUGGGUACCAUCCAGGCAGGAGAGGGUAGACGUUUAAGCACCAACUGUGUUGAGGGUGUGGAGGAUUGGGGUAGAGGGAGGAGGUGCCUGCUGGGGUUGAUGUCCCACUGGAAUUGACACUACGGGUGUACAUGUUCAUCGCGUUUCUAAUUUGUCUUCGGGUACGGUGGGGGGGGGGGUUGGGUGGGGGUGUCCCAAUCUUUCACUCUCUUCCUGGAAGGGCCAUGGUCACUGGAUGGGCUGGACUUUGGUGGGGGAUGGAUUGUGCCAGGAACUGAUGGUGAAAGACCAAUCAGAGACUGAUUCCAGAUCAGUUCCUAAUCAAUACUGACCCAGGGUGCAAAACGGUUUCUGAAUCACGACCUGACCUCUGGGUCACCCUAGGAGCUACCAUGUGUAAAGUGGGGGCACUGGGGCUGCCAUGAGGUUGUGGCAUGAUACUGGCACAGAGCAGUGAGAGAGCUUUACUCUGUGCCCAUUGUACCACAUGGGUGUCUGAAAGUAUUCCAGUCUCUGCAAUCAGCAUUUUCCUCUUCUGUUUCUUUUUAAGACUUUACAGGCACCAGGUGCGUGCGUGUGUGCGUGCGUGCGAUCUUCUAUCUAAAGAGGGGGAUCACAGUGGACGUGUACAUAGAAGCAUUGAAUCCCUACGAUGUGGAAGUAGGCCAUUCAGCCCAUCGAGUCCACACCGACCCUCUGAAGAACAUCCCACCCCAUCUCUGUAACUCUGCAUUUCCCACGGUUAAUCCACCUA